AUGAGGCUGUCAACCUCACGAAAUGCGGCGCUUUCGAUGCUAGCUGUGGCGCUCGCCCUGCCAUCACAAGUGGCUGGUUGGUACCUGCCAGGAAGCGCACCGCACUCCUACAAGCAAGGCGACGAGGUCCCCUUCUCCGUCAACGCGCUGCAGGCCAAAGCAUUCACUUCCCAGAUCAAAGGUGUUCUCAAGUACGACUACUACGAUCCACACUUCCAGUUUUGCGAGCCACAAGGCGGACCGCAAGCACUCAGCGAGAACCUCGGAAGUGUCCUCUUUGGCGACCGCAUCUAUAGCAGCCCCGUCAAAGGCGUCAUGCUCAAAGACGAGGUCUGCAAGGAAAUGUGUCGCACCACCAUCAGCCCGGAAAACGCUCUCUUCAUCAACGAAAGGAUACAGGAAGAGUACGCUGUCAACUGGAUGGUCGACGGUCUACCUGUGGCUGAAUCGCGCAGGGAGGUCCGGACCCGCGAGGAGUUUCUCUCCCUCGGCUUCGCUCUGGGAAGCCUAGUAGACGAGCACCUCCAGCCAUACGACCCUCCCGCACUGCACAACCACUACGACAUCUACAUCGACUACCAUCAGCGCGGCCCGGACGAGUAUCGCGUUGUCGGCGCCCGUAUCUAUCCACUGUCCAAGGCAUCUCUUCAAGGCGUCUUGGAUGGCCAAGCCGCCAACUGCAAAGCGGCAGAUCCGGUUCAGCUCAGCAAUGCCACGUCGACCACCGUUGCUUACACGUACAGUAUCCGAUGGAAAGAGUCCAAGACACCAUGGGCUACACGCUGGGACGCGUACCUCAAGGUGUUUGACCCCCGAAUCCACUGGCUGGCGCUCAUCAACUCGGUCGUCAUCGUCAGCUUCCUCUGCAUGAUGGUGGGCAUCAUCGUGGCGCGCUCCAUCAGCCGCGACAUUCAUCGCUACAACGCCAUUGACAUGACGGAGGAUGUUCAGGAAGACUUUGGCUGGAAACUCGUCCACGGCGAAGUGUUCCGUCCACCGGCACGACCCAUGCUCCUCUCCAUCUUUGUCGGUUCUGGCUCGCAACUCGUUGCCAUGGCUGCCGUCACGCUCGUGUUUGCGCUCUUGGGCUUCCUAAGCCCGUCCAAUCGAGGCUCACUCGCGACCGUCAUGAUCGUCACCUGGACCCUUUUCGGUAGCAUCGCAGGCUUCAUGUCGAGUAAGGUGUACGCCAGCUUGGGUGGCGAGUUCUGGAAGCAAAACAUCGUGCUUACUGCUAUGCUCUUCCCUAGCCUUGUCUUCUCGAUGGUCUUGCUCCUCAACUUUUUCCUCAUCUUCAGCGGCUCGUCGGGCGCUGUGCCGUUCGGAACGCUGCUGGCGCUCGUCUCGCUGUGGUUCCUUAUCAACGUGCCGCUGACGCUGGUCGGUGCGAUGCUUGGUAUCCGUUCGGGCGGUUUCUCGCAUCCCGUCAAGGCCAACUCGAUCCCUCGACAGAUCCCGUAUCAGCACACCUGGUACCUUCGACCUUUCCCCUCGGCUCUGAUUGCGGGCAUGCUCAUCUUUGCUUCGGCCUUCCUUGAGAUUCUGUUCAUCCUCAACUCGAUGUUCGGCACCAAGAUCUACUAUGCGUUCGGCUUCCUCGCUCUGGCUUUUAUCAUCACCGCUACGACUGCGGCUACAGUGACGAUCCUCUUUGCCUACUUCCACUUGUGUGCCGAGGACUACCGAUGGCACUGGCGCUCGUUUUUGACGGGCGGAUCAGGUGCGAUUUGGUUCUUUGCCUACGGCCUCUUCUUUUGGGCUACGCGGCUCGAGCUGCCCGGCUUUGCUAACAAGGUACUCUUCUUGGGAUACUUGUCGAUCCUGUCGCUUUUGUUCUUUACGUUGUUUGGUGCUGUUGGCUUCCUUGCCACGUAUGCGUCGCUCCGAAAGAUCUACUCGGCCAUCCGAGUAGACUAG